AAAGAAAUGAAUUCUUUUAAUGAAACACCGACCGAGGCUCACCUGGAGAAUUAUAACUACAUUUUCGCCGACGAGACUUACAAACUCCUGACUUUCACCAUCGGAUCUAUCGGAGUGCUGGGAUUUUGUAAUAACAUCAUUGUUAUUAUUCUGUACUCCAGAUAUAAGAGGCUCCGGACGCCGACUAAUUUGCUGAUCGUCAAUAUAAGUGUCAGCGACCUGCUGGUGUCCCUGACUGGGGUUAAUUUCACAUUCGUCUCGUGUGUGAAGAGGAGAUGGGUCUUUAAUUCUGCCACAUGUGUUUGGGAUGGAUUCAGCAACAGUUUAUUCGGUAUCGUGUCCAUCAUGACUCUCUCGGGUCUGGCAUAUGAGCGCUACAUCCGUGUGGUUCAUGCCAAGGUGGUUGACUUCCCCUGGGCCUGGAGGGCAAUCACACACAUCUGGCUGUACUCGCUGGCCUGGACUGGAGCUCCUCUGUUGGGAUGGAACCGCUACACGCUGGAGGUGCAUCAGUUGGGUUGCUCUCUGGACUGGGCAUCCAAAGACCCCAAUGACGCUUCAUUCAUUCUCUUCUUCCUCCUUGGAUGCUUCUUUGUCCCAGUGGGUGUCAUGGUCUACUGUUAUGGAAACAUCUUGUAUACAGUUAAAAUGCUGCGCUCUAUCCAGGAUCUGCAGACGGUUCAGACCAUUAAGAUCCUGCGGUAUGAGAAGAAAGUGGCGGUGAUGUUCCUGAUGAUGAUUUCCUGUUUUCUUGUGUGCUGGACGCCCUAUGCUGUGGUCUCCAUGCUGGAGGCCUUUGGGAAGAAGAGUGUGGUUUCCCCUACCGUCGCCAUUAUUCCAUCUCUAUUUGCCAAAUCCAGCACAGCCUACAACCCCGUCAUCUACGCCUUCAUGAGCAGAAAGUUUCGCAGAUGCAUGUUACAGAUGCUGUGUUCUCGUCUGACCAGUCUGCAGCACACCAUUAAAGACCGACCCCUGUCCCGCAUCGAGCAUCCCAUACGACCCAUUGUGAUGUCCCAGAGUCGCACCGACCGGCCCAAAAAGAGAGUAACCUUCAGCUCUUCCUCCAUCGUCUUCAUCAUUGCCAGCCAUGACACUCAUCCUCUGGACAUCACCUCCAAAUGCAACGAUGAACCAGACAUCAACGUAAUUCAAGUUCGACCGCUUUGACACUUGCCGUGGAGACA